AUGGAUAAUAGAAUGGAUGUGGAUCUGGAAAUGAAUAAUAAUAACUUUAAUAACAACAUGAUGAGUUUAGGAGAAAAUCUUACAACGAAGAGAAAAAGAGCCUCAUUUGAAGCAAAUAAUCACUCGUAUUCUACUUAUUAUACUCCUUCGUAUUAUGACACCGAACGAGAAUCUGAUCGUAUGUUUAUUCAUCCCAAUUCUAUUAAUAUAAAUUCCUCAUCUCAAUAUAAUCAAAAUAAUCGUCAAAAUAAUGAUCCAAAUAAUGGUCAAUAUGGACAAUAUAAUAAUCAUCAAUAUAAUAAUCAAUAUAAAGAUUCAAUGAUAGAUGAUCGUAUGAAAAGAUUAAGGUUACCACCAAUCACCGAAUUAACUGAUAACUUAAAAAUUGAUGAUUUUCCUUAUUGUUCUAACAAAAGAAAGGAAUCAUCAAUUAUCAAUAACAAUGAUAUUAAUAAUUUUAAUAUUAAUAAUGUUAAAAGUAAUGUUAAUGGUAAAGUUAAUGGUGGUGAUAUAAUUUAUUCAAAUUAUUUUUCUUCUGAUCAAUCAAUAUUACAACCUCAAUUUCAAUAUCAAAAUCAACAACAACCUCAUAAUGUAAAUGUUAAUUUAAAUGUUAAUUUAAAUGUUGGUGGUGUUGUAACAGUUAAUAGUUUAAAAAUAAUAACAGUAAUGAUCUAA